CGUCUACUGCAGACGUGGCAGAAGGAGGGUCCGGCCCCGGGGCGUGGGGAGGAACUUCCGGGGACGACGCUCCGGCCCCCUCGGAACCGGAAGUUGGGCCUGGGAGCCCUGACGUUAGGAACGAAGUCGAACCUGGAUCUGGAGCCGGGUGAGACCAAGUUGGGGAUGCACUCAUAAUGAAUGUCAACCAGUCAGCUCCACCUGUGCCGCCAUUUGGGCAGCCCCAACCUGUCUACGCAGGGUAUCAUCAAUCCAGCUAUGGUGGGCAACCAGGGUCCACAGCCCCCCCAACUCCCUAUGGAGCCUACAAUGGCCCAGUACCAGGCUAUCAGCAAACACUUCCCCCAGGUGUGUCAAGAGCCCCACCUUCUUCAGAGGCACCUCCAGCCUCAACAGCACAGGCUCCUUGUGGCCAGGCUGCAUAUGGCCAGUUUGGCCAAGGAGAUGUACAGAAUGGGCCAAGCUCAACUGUUCAGAUGCAGAGGUUCCCUGGGUCCCAGCCUUUUGGGUCAGUCCCACUGGCCCCUGUGGUCAGCCAGCCAGCUGUGCUCCAGCCCUAUGGCCCUCCCCCGACAAGUGCACAGGUGACCGCUCAGCUGGCCGGAAUGCAGAUCAGUGGUGCUGUGGCCCCGGCCCUUCCCCCUGUGGGGCUGGGCUAUGGCCCACCAACAUCGCUGGCCUCAGCCUCAGGAAGUUUCCCCAACUCUGGUCUGUAUGGCUCCUAUCCUCAGGGCCAGGCUCCUCCCCUUAGCCAGGCCCAGGGUCAUCUUGGGGCCCAGCCUCCCCAGCGAUCUGCCCCACCACAGGCCUCCAGCUUCACGUCUCCAGCUUCAGGGGGUCCUCGGAUGCCUUCGAUGACUGGUCCACUCCUGCCUGGACAGGGUUUUGGGGGGCCCUCAGUGAGCCAGCCCAACCAUGUGUCCUCACCUCCUCCUCAAGCUCUGCCUCCUGGCACCCAAAUGACUGGGCCCCCAGGACCACCACCACCUAUGCACUCCUCCCAGCAGCCAGGCUAUCAGCUGCAACAAAAUGGUUCCUUUGGACCAGCCCGGGGCCCUCAGCCCAAUUAUGGAGGUCCCUACCCAGGAGCACCCACCUUUGGCAGUCAGCCUGGGCCUCCUCAACCGCUGCCUCCUAAGCGCCUGGAUCCUGAUGCCAUCCCAAGCCCUAUUCAGGUUAUUGAGGAUGACAGGAACAACCGGGGUUCAGAGCCAUUUGUUACUGGAGUACGGGGACAGGUGCCACCCUUAGUCACCACCAACUUCCUGGUGAAAGACCAAGGGAAUGCAAGUCCCCGAUACAUCCGAUGCACAUCCUAUAAUAUCCCUUGCACAUCUGACAUGGCUAAGCAGGCUCAGGUGCCCCUGGCAGCUGUCAUCAAGCCACUGGCAAGGCUGCCACCAGAGGAGGCUUCACCGUAUGUCGUGGACCAUGGGGAAUCUGGCCCUUUGCGCUGCAAUCGCUGCAAAGCAUACAUGUGUCCCUUCAUGCAGUUCGUUGAGGGAGGGAGGCGCUUCCAGUGCUGCUUUUGCAGUUGUAUCAAUGAUGUACCCCCCCAGUAUUUUCAACAUCUGGAUCAUACUGGCAAACGUGUGGAUGCUUAUGACCGUCCUGAGCUAUCCUUGGGCUCUUAUGAAUUCUUGGCCACUGUAGAUUACUGCAAGAACAAUAAGUUCCCCAGCCCUCCUGCCUUCAUCUUCAUGAUUGAUGUCUCCUACAAUGCCAUCAGGAGUGGUCUUGUUAGGCUCCUCUGUGAGGAGCUCAAGUCACUGUUAGACUUUCUACCUAGGGAGGGCGGAGCAGAAGAGUCAGAGAUCCGUGUUGGCUUUGUCACCUAUAAUAAGGUGCUCCACUUCUACAAUGUGAAGAGCUCAUUGGCCCAGCCACAGAUGAUGGUUGUAUCUGAUGUGGCCGACAUGUUUGUGCCACUGCUGGAUGGCUUCCUUGUCAAUGUCAGUGAGUCUCGGGCAGUCAUCACCAGCUUAUUGGAUCAGAUUCCUGAAAUGUUUGCAGACACGAGGGAGACAGAGACAGUAUUUGCCCCAGUUAUCCAGGCUGGGAUGGAGGCUCUAAAGGCUGCUGAGUGUGCAGGGAAGCUGUUUCUGUUCCAUACGUCCCUGCCCAUUGCAGAGGCCCCAGGGAAACUGAAGAACAGAGACGACAGGAAGUUGAUCAACACAGACAAGGAGAAGACUUUGUUCCAGCCUCAGACAGGUGCCUAUCAGACCCUGGCCAAAGAGUGUGUGGCCCAAGGCUGCUGUGUAGAUCUCUUCCUCUUCCCUAACCAGUAUGUGGAUGUGGCCACGCUCUCUGUUGUACCCCAGCUCACUGGUGGCUCUGUCUACAAAUACGCUUGCUUUCAGGUGGAGAAUGACCAGGAACGGUUCCUGAGUGACCUGCGUCGGGAUGUACAGAAGCUUGUUGGCUUUGAUGCUGUGAUGCGCGUUCGAACAAGCACUGGUAUCCGUGCUGUAGAUUUCUUCGGGGCUUUCUACAUGAGCAACACAACAGAUGUGGAACUGGCUGGGCUGGAUGGGGACAAGACGGUGACUGUGGAGUUCAAGCAUGACGAUCGGCUCAAUGAAGAGAGUGGAGCCCUCCUGCAGUGUGCCCUGCUCUACACCAGCUGUGCAGGGCAGCGACGGCUCCGCAUCCACAACCUGGCCCUGAACUGCUGCACCCAGCUGGCUGAUCUGUAUCGAAACUGUGAGACUGACACGCUCAUCAACUACAUGGCCAAGUUUGCAUACCGGGGGGUCCUCAAUAGCCCCGUGAAGACUGUUCGUGAUACUCUGAUCACUCAGUGUGCUCAGAUCCUGGCCUGUUACAGAAAGAACUGUGCCAGCCCCUCUUCUGCAGGACAGUUGAUCCUUCCUGAGUGCAUGAAGCUACUCCCAGUUUACCUGAACUGUGUGUUGAAGAGUGAUGUCCUGCAGCCUGGAGCUGAAGUCACUACUGAUGACCGUGCCUAUGUCCGACAGCUGGUUACUUCCAUGGAUGUGGCUGAGACCAAUGUCUUCUUUUAUCCUCGGCUUCUACCACUGACAAAAUCUCCCAUUGAGAGUGCCACUGAACCACCAGCAGUUCGAGCAUCUGAAGAGCGUCUAAGCAAUGGGGAUAUAUAUUUGCUGGAGAAUGGGCUCAACCUGUUCCUGUGGGUGGGAGCAAGUGUCCAACAAGGUGUUGUCCAGAGCCUCUUCAGUGUCUCCUCCUUCAGUCAGAUCACCAGUGGCUUGAGUGUUCUGCCAGUUCUGGAUAAUCCGCUGUCCAAGAAGGUGCGAGGCCUCAUCGAUAGCUUAAGGGCACAGAGAUCACGGUACAUGAAGCUUAUCGUGGUGAAACAGGAGGACAAGCUGGAGAUGCUGUUCAAGCAUUUCCUGGUGGAAGACAAGAGCUUGAGCGGGGGAGCAUCCUAUGUGGACUUUCUCUGUCAUAUGCACAAGGAAAUUCGGCAGCUACUGAGCUAGAGCAAGUGGGUAAAUGGCAUAGGGUG